AUGAACCAGAUCAGGGCUAUACAAAGAAUCAAUGACACAGAGUUGAGUAGUGGUAUUCUUUCACCCAAUCUGUCCUGGCAUAAUGAGUACAAAGAUCGAGCGUACAUAUUCAUCGGAGGACUCAACGUUGAGCUCACUGAGGCCGAUAUACUGACCAUAUUCUCUCAGUACGGAAUUCCGGUAGAUGUAUUCCUAGUGAGAGAUCGAGAGACUGGUGAUUCGAAGGGUUUCGGGUAUUUGAAGUACGAAGACCAGCGAUCUGCUGUCCUUGCCAUCGAUAACUUGAACGGCUCAAAAAUAGCAGGAAGAAUAAUAAAGGUCGAUCAUGCCUGGUACACUCCUAGAGACGAUAUGAUUGAGUACCAAGAAGCUGUUCAGCGAGAGCUAAGCAAGGAUAGGAUUGACAUUCCGAAGGAGCUCCGAAUUAUGGAUAGACGCCAAGAAGUAGAAGAAGUCGAACUUGAAGAUCCAAUGGCAAGUUACGAGACAUGUCCUGGCAAUUAA